ACACACACCCAACACAAACACGAGGGGCAUUUCGCGUAAUUCACAUACAACCAUACGGUGUCGUUUCUUCAUUUUAUUCCUUUCCCGCACCAACCAAAAAAAAAAAGACCUAACCCUAGCUUUUUCCCCUUUUCGUCUUUAGCCGCGUUUUCCGAUCUCGAUUUCUUUUCCUUUCUCCCUCGAUUCGACCCCAAUUUUGCCGCCACCACUUCAAUCGAUUCGACCUUGCUUUAGUUCUUGAUUUUCUGCAUCGAUCGAUCCCAAUUUUUGCCCUGUCGGUGUACGGGAUUCGUUUUUAGGGUUUCCGUCGCGGAAUAUUCUUGAUCUGUUUUUCCCCAAACGGGAUCUGAGGAAGGGAAAUUUUUUUAUUUGAUUUGGGUUCUGGGUCUUCUUCGUUGCGUUCCUUUUUCUACGAUUUUGUGUAAAUUAUUCUCAACCCGAGUUUGAUUUCGGUUCGAUCCUUCAAAUCCUUGUUUCGGUUAUUAGAUCUCGCGUCCAGUAAUUCGUUGCUGUGCGAAUCGUAAUAAUUGUCCAUUGUUCUCGUUGGUUUCGGAAAGAUCUAGGUCUAGGGUUUCCUGAAAUUGGGGUUUUUCUUGUUUUCUUGAAUUUCUUAGGGGAAAUUUCAAUUCCUGGAGCAAUUAGGAUCAUUCCGUUUGAUUACUUCCAAUUAGCGUUAUUAAUAGUCCGAUUCAGCAUUUCUCCAUAAAAUUUGACGGUGACUUGUUUAAUUUAAGGUAAUCAUGGUGCAGAAGCGUCCUUUUGAUACUGAGGAAAUACUUGAGGUGUCCUUCAAAUAUCCAAAACAUGCAGAACCCAGCAAUCAGCUUGCUUCAUUAUCAGAAACUGUUUUUCCUGAUGAUGAUUGCCAUACUCAUGUGCCUAAAACUUCAGAGGGUGGAUGUACACAAGGUAGUGGUGAAGGUAAUGAGAAGCUUGGAGGUGAAAGUUCUGGUGAACUUCCUAGAGGGGCUGAAGACUCUGAAACAAACUUUCCUCUAGUAGAUAUUUUUGCUUCUUCUUGGGCCACCAGUCUAACUGAAGAAGAUCUUCGAUCUGAACCACCUUUACAUCUUGCCCUUUUUCCGGAGUAUUUUAGUCCAGAGCGACCAGUAAGGACUUUAACUCGCUAUGAGGACAUCUAUUCCAUACUCCUUGAACACCCUCCUCGCAAACUUGUAUCUGUUGGAGCGGAUCAUCAAGCUGACGUCCCAGCAUGGGAUUUUUCUGGGUCCACUAGUGGACCCAAUGCCUCUGAUGCUGUUUUGGAUUCCGACUCUACUGUUGGGGACAGGGAUGAAGCAGAGAAAAGACUGAUGGGGACCUGUAUAAUCCCCAUGCCUCAGAUGGCAUUGUCUAGUGAUGAUGAUGAAGUUGGAAAGGGAAGAACUGAUUGUAGCUGUGAAGAUGGGGGAUCCAUGAGAUGUGUCAGGCAGCAUAUUGCAGAAGAAAGAGAAAAGCUUAUAAAAACUUUUGGCCACGAGAAAUUCACUGAAUUGGGGUUUGCUAACAUGGGAGAACAAGUGGCAGAAAAAUGGAGUGCAGAAGAUGAACAACUAUUUCACGAGGUUGUUUUCAAUAAUCCAGCAUCCCUUGAUAAGAACUUCUGGAAUUAUCUUUCCAUUGUUUUUCCUUCCCGAACCAAAAAGGAAAUAGUGAGUUACUACUUUAAUGUAUUCAUGCUUCGAAAGCGGGCAGAGCAGAACAGGAAUGACUUAUUAAGCAUUGACAGCGAUAAUGAUGAAUGGCAGGGCAGUGAUAGCAAUGAAAUUGCAACUCGAGAGGAAGAUGAGGACUCUGUUGCUGAGUCCCCUGCAUGUCAAGAUGAGCCUUGUAUUACUAAUUUCCAUGAUAAUGAUAUGCAAGACUAUGAUGAAUAUGCUGCAGACGAAACUUGUGCAGUUAAUGAAACAGUGGAUUUUACUGAGAGGAACACGGAUGAUGAUGAUUCCAAAUAUGACCCUGUAGAUAUGCAUCACUCUAGUGGUUCCCCUCCUCUAAUUGCUCCCCAGGAUCAACCUGUUUGGCAGGAUUCAUGUGAUGAAAAAGUUAAAGAUGAUUCAUGCGCAUCAUCUGACAUGGGAGUUGCCUCACAGGAGACCAAGGUGAAGAGUGAGAAUGGUGAUCAUUGGUGUGGAAACUACAACGGGGUAAGCAAUGGUUAUAGCCAAGCAUAUGUUUUAGAGCCUUGUGAUGCAAAAGUGUGGGAUUCUGGCUUUGUAUCUUGCUCUAAGAAUAAGAUUGACUUCUUACCUACAUGCAACAUGAUAGAAGAGGUUUUUGGAGAUGGACGAAGGCAAGACAUGAGAAGAGCUUGAGCAUCCCAGGCAUUUUAUUUAAGUGAAUCUCACUUAGCGUUCUUGGCUAAGGGUGAUGAGAGUUGGACUUUUCUUUUGUAUAUUGACAUAAGAGUCAAGAAGUAGCCUUCAUUGUAAAAUAGUGUUUUGGAAGGUGAUUUGGUCUUCGAGUUAUGUCCCAUAUAUUCAUCCCAAGUCCUUUUGGAACCGUAAAAUUUCUUAUUCCUUAAUUUUAUGAUAAGUUUCCACUUUGGGGUGGGAUAAUAUAAGGUUGGAGGCAGGAAAUCGUUGGUGGGAAAAAAAAACCAUCACUCAUGCAAGAGUUCCGGUUUUAUGAUGUAAUUUGGCAUUAUUUUAAUCUUUAAUGAAAAUUCUUACUGCUCCAGUUUGCUUUCACUCAUUUAGUUGGAACCUAGGGGAACUGCUAUGGAUGAAUCUUUUUCUUUUAUUAAAGUUUAAAUGUACAUGUUCAUAUAAUUCGUAUUUAUAAAUGUUUUACUUCUAUUUUUAAUGGAGCACCAAAUUGAUUCUUAUGUAAAUAAAUCUCUUUGAAUAAUGCUUGAUACGUUUGAAAGGUAUUGAU